CAGCUGCCAUCUCUGAACAGCUGAUUGAUUGUUUCCAAUCCGCCGCAGAAAAAUGGAUGACGUCGAACGAAUUCAGAGCGAGAAUGAGAAUUUGCGAAAGAUUCGCAACCGCCUGAUGCAAUGGGAGUCCAAAACGGACCCGCUGGCGGCUCUGAGUAUCCAGCAAGAGGAGCACCUGGACGUCCUGACCAAUCUGUGGCGCGACAGCGGGCCAUCGGCACCGGUACCGACUACGCCCACCCAUGCGGGUCCUACUGAUUUACCAGCAGCUACUUCUUUGCAAAGCGGCGAUGACAUUAAACUGCCUGCGGAGGGACUCCAGAACACGAAUGAGUUUCUGCUCUGGUUCGCGGACGUCAGCGCCGAGAUCGAGCAACGUGGCGAUGCCGAUUACCACAAAUACCUGCAGCAGCUGGAGCAGCGAAAGGCGGAGUGUUCCCACAUGCUGGACCAGAUCGCUGGGGCCAUGGAGCGCCUGGGUGCCCUCUGCGAUGAGUACGACUUUGUGUCGCAGAAGACAAGCGCUCUAAACACGGCCAGCGAGCAGUUGAUCGAGGAGCAGGAGAGACUGCAGGAGCUGAGUCACGAGAUUCAACGCCGUCUUCACUACUUCAGCCAGGUGGAGUUGCUCAACCAGCGACUGCAGAGCCCCACGCUUUCGGUGGCUAGCGAGGCUUUCCGGGAGUGCCUCAACAAGAUCGACGAAUGCCUUAACUACAUCGAGGAGAAUCCCAAAUUCAAGGACGCGGCCGCCUACAAUGUGAAGUACAGGCAGUGCCUGGCCAAAGCCUCGGGGCUGGUGCGCAACUAUGUAACGAGCGUGAUAAACCAGGCCACCGAGGCCACACUACAUCCCAAGAACAAUGUGCCGGAUGCGUCUACUGCCCUCAAGGCACCAGAUGCCGCAUUCGCCCUGUACUACGGGAAAUAUCAAACGGCCGCGGCAAAGGUGAAGCGGGUCGCCCAGUUGAUAGAGGCCCGGUCGGAGCACAGCCUGGACUACGCCCAACUGAUGGCGGAUCUACAGCAGCACUACCUGGCUCAGAGGGCCAGCGUUAUGUCCCCGGCGGUGAAUCUGUCCAUACAAAACGUUAAAGUGGCCCAUAAGGGGGAUCACUGCUCUCUCACCCGAAGCGCCUGCGCCUUUUUGGUUCAUGUUUGCCAAGACGAACAGCGUCUGUUCUACCAGUUCUUCAGCACAGGAGCGCCACACCUAACGGUUUAUCUGGAGGGCUUGUGCACCAUUCUUUACGACACCAUGCGACCCUUUAUUAUACAUAUUAAUCACUUGGAAACGCUGGCGGAGAUCUGCUCCAUUCUACGAAUUGAAAUGCUGGAGGAACAUGUCCAGCAGAACCCUGUUGCACUGGAAGCCUUUGCCACCAUCGCGCACCAAUUGCUGCAGGAUGUGCAGGAGCGUUUGGUCUUCCGAGCGCAUCUAUACCUGCAGUCGGACAUUCAGAACUUUAAUCCCUCAUCGGGAGAUUUGGCCUACCCGGAGAAGUUGGAAAUGAUGGAGAGUAUUGCCUUGUCCCUUCAAGAACCUGCCCCUUUGCGUCGCUCCGAUUCUCGCAACUCCAUGAUAUCCAGUGUCUCAAGUGCUGUGGAGACGGAAAGUGUGGCCACUGCCUACACGGUGAAGCAAAUGAAUUCCCCGGCCGAUCUGCAUGGCAUGUGGUACCCCACCGUGCGCCGGACACUGGUGUGCCUCUCAAGACUUUACCGCUGCGUGGAUCGACCCAUUUUCCAAGGACUAUCCCAAGAAGCGCUCAAGCUGUGCAUCCAGAGUGUGUCUCAUGCGGCUGGCAAGAUUUCAGCCAACAAGACGCCUAUUGACGGCGAACUUUUCGAAAUCAAGCAUCUCCUAAUUCUGCGGGAACAGAUUGCGCCGUUUCGUGUGGACUUUACGGUGAAGGAAACCUCGUUGGACUUUAGCAAGGUGAAGACGGCUGCCUUUGGGCUGCUGCAGAAGCGCAAACAGCUCUUUUCGAUGGGCAGCAAUAAUGCUCUAUUGGAAUUCCUUCUGGAGGGCACGCCCCAGAUCAAGGAGCAUUUGCUGGACUCUCGCAAGGAAGUGGACCGUCAGCUAAAGUCAGUGUGCGAGAAGUACAUCAAGGAUGCGGUUCACAUGCUAGUGGGCCCUCUCAUCACAUUCCUAGAAAAGGCGCAGAGUCUGUUGGUGCAAUCCACUCCAGCCACGUCCCAGUCGCAGGAGUCGACGAAAGCCAGCUACGUUUUAAGGCAAAGUGCGUGGGCCAGUCCGCAGCAGAUCAGCAGUAUAAUCCAGGAGACUCAGCGCCUGAUCAAAGCCAAGUUGGCGGUGCUGCAGCGAUCCAUGCAGCUCUACCUAAGCAAUCGUGAUACAGAAUUCAUCAUCUUUAGACCGAUCCGCAACAACAUCAUUCAAUCGUUUGUGAAGCUGGAACAACUGCUGACCACCAAUGGAUACUCCACAGACGAUAUGAUCAUCACGAGUUGUCCGUCGGCGGAGCAAGUGUCCAUACUCUUAUCCAGUGCCAGUAUUUUGGCCGCCGAGGGAGUCGCCAGCUUUGCAGCAGCAGCGCGCAAAAUCAGCACGUCAUCCGUGGAAGGUUCGACGGCUAGCAGAAAGUUGAGCACGCUGUCCAAUAAAUCUGAGCUGGUGGAGGAGCCGAAGGCUGAAGAAGUGGUUGCCGCGGAAGUACCGCCUCCGGGCAAGAUCGUGGAGGAGCAAGUGGCGGAAACACUUACGCAGGCCAAUUCCGAAUAAUUGCAAUGUAUCUGUAUAACUAUAAACGUGUAUCUAUUUAUGUAGCUAAGCCUUGUAUCAUAUUUAUCUGAGUAAGAUCUGUUCGCAAUAGGGUCGAUUCCCUUAUUUCCCUUCAAAGAUCCGUGUUAAUAACUAUCUAUGCUUUCCAAAUGUAGAAUUAACAUUGAUUUAUUUUUGCUAAACCACGAAGAAUGUGACGAAGUCGAAGUAAAUUACCAACAAAUGAUUA